AUGCCUCCCAAGAAGACCGAGACCAAGACUGAGGGCGCCGCUGCCCCCAAGGCAAAGGCCGCCCCCGUCCACCCCUCCUACCAGGACAUGAUCACGGAUGCCAUCAUUCAGCUCAAGGAUCGCAAUGGCUCCAGCCGUCAAUCCCUCAAGAAGUAUGUCAAGAGCAACAACACCAUCAAUGCCUCUGACAACAUGUUCGACUCCCUCUUCAACAAGGCCUUGAAGUCUGGUGUCGACAAGGGCAUCUUCGAGCAGCCCAAGGGCCCCUCCGGCGGCACCAAGCUCGCCAAGAAGACUGCCGCUCCCAAGGAGAAGAAGCCUGCUGCCCCUAAGAAGGCCGCCGCGCCCAAGGAGAAGAAGGAGGCUGCUCCCAAGGAGAAGAAGGCUGCCACCAAGAAGGCUGCCGCUCCCAAGGAGAAGAAGGAGAAGAAGGAGGCCGCUCCCAAGGAGAAGAAGGAGAAGAAGGCCGCUGCCCCUAAGAAGGCUGCCGCGCCCAAGGAGAAGAAGGAGAAGAAGGCUGCCCCCAAGAAGGCUGCCCAAGCCCCUGCUGAGGAGAAGCCUGCUGUCCUGACCAAGACCAAGUCCGGUCGACGUCACCAAGGCUGCCCCCGCCGCCAAGGCCGCGCCCAAGAAGGCUGCUCCCAAGAAGGCCGCUGCCCCCAAGAAGGAGAAGACACCAAAGAAGGCCGACAAGGCGGAAGCUGCCUCGGCGUAGAAGCCGAGGGUCAGUCUUUCUUGUCAUGA